AUGAACGUAAACAAUCAUCAAACCGCCCUCGCCGUGUCGCGCACGGGGGACUACGCCUUUGGCUCGUUUGGGUACUGCGACACAAGCUCCAACAAGUGCGAGUACUCCUUUGCCGACGGCAAGUAUGUGGGGCUCGGGUCGGGCUGGAAGAUGAGCAGCGAGUCGCGGAAAACGCUGUGCAAGCUCAUUCUGGCCACGCCAGCCGCCGUGGGUCUGACCCUGGUGAGCAGCGUCCUUGUUUUCUGGGGCCACUUCCGCUGGGCGGGGCGUUCUGCCGUUUUCUGGGCUUUUUGCACGCUGCUGGCCGUUCUGUCGUUUGCAGGAGCCACUCUUGUUUGUGUUUCUGUGGUGCUGUUGUUUUUCCCCCAUCUCACGUGGACGGGCUGGCUGCUUGUUCCCGCGGCCGCCCUCAACUUGGUGAGCCUCGUGCUGAUCGUCGUCGCGCUCAAGGUCGGUCCGCAGAGCUACGUGGACGACGACGACGACGAUAAGCUGAGCAUGUUUGGCGAAAAGGCCGUCGGCGACUCCACCGCGUCGUUCCUGCGAAAACCGUACACCGGCGGGUUCACGGGGCCUACAGGGUUCCCCACACGGUCGUCGCUGGACGAGGAGCCGGAGAAGCUGCAGGACUUCACUGUCACGCAGCACGAGACGGGCUCGCGAGAGUUUGGCAGCAGCGUGUUCAACGACAAGCCGGCCGAGACGCCUGUUUCUGCAACCGUGAUCAACUCCAGCACGCCCGAGCUCAAGUUGCCCGACAUCUCGAACCCGUACCUCUCGAGCUCGGACAACACCCACUCGCGCUCCGGGCUGAGCAACCGUCUGGACGGGGCAGACAAGGAUACGUCGUCGCCUGUUGCGUCGAGCCUCUAUUCGCGCGACGAGCGGCUCAAGCUGUCGAACGAUAACCUGCCCGACAACCAUUCGGGCGAGUCGAGCACCGCGUCAGACUUCACGAGUGUCUCGCAACGAGAAAUCAACCCCAAAUAUUAUAAAGGAGCGCCCCAAAGAGCAAAGCUGCCCGGCCAGUACAUGCCGGCUCCCAACGCGCCUCCGCUGCCGUACAGCGGACAAUACUAUCCGCAGCAGGCGCCACCCGUGCUGAUGCCACCUCCGCAGCACCAGCCGUACUAUGCUCCGUCGUACAACCCGCCAAAGCCCAAGACCAGAGCGGAUAUCCUCUUCAACAACAACCCCGACUUUGCCAUUGGGGGCGGCGGACCGCGGCGCAUGGCGUACAAGAAGUUCGGCGGAGGCCCACUGCAAGGCAUGCACCCCGGCAUGGUUGGACGGGACGCCAUUCCGCAGCACAUGGCGUCGGGCAGCUACAAAAACAGGCCGCGGCCCAACUUUCCGGCGGCCUCGUUAUCCAAAGACAGUCCCUACGGAAGACUGUAG